UCGGAGGGGUUGUGGAGUUAACGAGUGUUUAAGUAAAGAAAGAACACUGCACAGGUCAGGACACUCUGCUGCCGAUUCUUGGGGAGUGCAAUCAGACUCACAUUCAUGACCUUUAAGAGUUGCACAAGAUCAUCAUACUAACAUAAUGAAGGUCAUUUCUGGAUGUGGGACAAUGCCUUCACUUCUUCUGGUAUUUCUAGUCAUGAUACUUCAUUCUGCAAAUAAGGCUGAAGGUCAAGUAGAGACAUUCAUUUGCAAAUCCCCAGCAAUUGCAGACAUCGUAAUACUCGUGGAUGGAUCCUGGAGUAUUGGCAGGAUUAAUUUUCGUCUGGUUCGUUUAUUCUUGGAAAAUUUGGUCAGUGCCUUCUCAGUGGGCUCUGAUAAAACAAGAGUGGGUCUUGCUCAGUACAGUGGUGAUCCCAGAAUAGAAUGGCAUCUGAAUGCAUUCAAUACCAAAGAGGCUGUGAUAGAUGCAGUUAAGAAUCUACCAUAUAAAGGAGGAAAUACACUUACAGGUCUGGCAUUGACUUAUAUUUUAGAAAAUAGUUUCAAGCCAGAAUCUGGAGCUAGGCCGGGUGUGCCCAAGAUUGGCAUCUUAAUUACAGAUGGCAAGUCUCAAGAUGAUGUCAUUCCACCAGCAAGAAGUCUUCAAGAUGCAGGAAUCGAGCUAUUUGCUAUUGGUGUUAAAAAUGCAGAUGAAAACGAACUAAAAGCAAUUGCCUCCGACCCUGAUGAUUCACAUGUCUACAAUGUAGCUGAUUUUAACAUCAUGAGUACUAUUGUGGAAAGCCUGACAAAAACUGUUUGUGAUCGAGUUGAGGAACAAGAUAAGAAAAUUAAAGGAGUAACUAGCAGCACUUUUCUCAUGGGAGCUCCUCAGGAUCUGAAAACAUCUGAAGUGACAGCUAGAAGUUUCCGUGUUACGUGGGCACAUGCCCCUGGAAAGGUGGAAAAAUAUCGAGUGGUGUUCUACCCUACUAGAGGAGGGCAGCCAGAAGAGGCAGUAGUGGAUGGAUCUGAGAACACUGUGGUAUUGAAGAACUUGAUGUCCUUGACAGAAUACCAAAUUGCUGUAUUUGCAGUUUAUACCAGCACUGCAAGUGAGGGGUUGAGGGGCAGUGAAACGACAUUGGCUCUGCCCAUGGUUAGUGAUCUACACCUUUAUGAUGUCACACACAACAGCAUGAGGGUCAGGUGGAAAGGGGUUCUGGGAGCAUCUGGGUACAUGAUCCUUUAUGCUCCACUAACAGAAGCAGAUGUAACAGAUGAAAAAGAGGUGAAAGUUUUGGAGACUAUUACUGACAUUGAAUUGAGUGGAUUAACUCCCAAUACAGAGUACACUGUUACUGUCUAUGCCAUGUAUGGAGAAGAAGCCAGUGAUCCACUGACAGGCCAGGAAACUACAUUACCGUUAUCGGCCCCAAGAAACCUGAAGUUCUCAGAAAUUACACAUAAUGGAGCCAGAGUCACCUGGGAUGCAGCAUCCAAAAAAGUGAAAGGGUACAAGAUUAUGUAUGUGAAGACUGAUGGUGCACAUACUAAUGAGGUUGAAGUUGGCCAAGUGACAACAGAGUUCCUGAAAAACUUAUCUUCCCUCACUGAGUACACAGUUGCUAUCUUCUCAAUCUAUGACGAAGGACAAUCAGAACCACUUACUGGAGCAUUUACUACAUUACAAGUUCCCACUCCACAGAACCUGAAAAUCAGUGAAGAAACCACUAGCAGUUUUAGAGUCAGAUGGCAAAAUGCAGGUCCUGAUAUUGUCCUAUACAAGUUAGUUUGGAUGCCUUCAGCUAGUAGUGAUACAAAGGAACUGAUAUUAAAUGGAAAUAAAGACACAGUCAUCCUCAACAAUUUAGAGCCAUUCACUGAGUAUGAAGUUUCUUUAUCAGCCAUUUAUAAAGAUGAAAGUGAGAGUGAUGCCAUAUUUGCACUUGGAAUGACACUUCCAAGCACUACCACAACCACCACAACAGUGACAACAACAACCAUAUCAGUUAUACGCAGUGGAGUAAGAAAUUUGAUUGUCACUGAUGAAACUACCUUCAGCAUGAAAGUAUCCUGGGAUAAUGUUGACCAAAAUGUCCGCCAAUACAGGGUGUCCUAUGUGACAGCAAGAGGAGAUCGUGCUGAAGAAGUGAUUAUGGUGCCAGGAAGACAAAACAACAUCCUUCUUCAGCCACUGCUCUCUGACACCGAGUACAAAAUUACAGUCAUUCCAGUCUAUUCAGAUGGAGACGGACUUAGCAGCUCUUCCAUUGGAAGAACCUUGCCAUUGUCAGCACCUAGGAACUUGCGUGUCUCAGAGGAAUGGUACAAUCGUUUCCGGAUUACAUGGGAUUCUUCACCCUCUCCCACAAUGGGCUAUAGAAUUGUAUACCAGCCAAUUUCUGCUCCAGGUCCUGCUUUGGAGACAUUUGUGGGUGAUGACAUAAAUACUAUGCUUAUUCUUAAUUUAUUAAGUGGCACUGAAUAUAGUGUUAAGGUGAUUGCUUCAUAUACAACAGGCUCCAGUGAUGCACUUAUUGGAAAAGCAAAAACAUUGUAUCUUGGUGUGACAAACCUCAAUACAUACCAGGUUCGCACAACAAGCAUGUGUGUACAGUGGCAACCUCACCGUAAUGCUAAGAUGUACAGGGCUGUUAUUGAAAACCAAACUGAUGGUCAAAUACAGGAAAAUACUCUUGGAGGUGGAACAUCAAGACAUUGUUUUUAUGAACUGCUGCCCAAUACUGCAUACAAAAUAAGUCUUUACUCUCAAAUUCAAGACAUGGAAGGGCCAGCUGUCAUCAUCAUGGACAGAACACUUCCCAUCCCAACACAGCCUCCUACUGUGCCAUCAACCACAACAGCAAUUCCCACUAUACCUGCUGCCAGAGAAAUUUGCAAAGCUGCCAAAGCUGAUUUGGUGUUUCUGGUUGAUGGUUCAUGGAGUAUUGGUGAUGAUAACUUCCAUAAAAUCAUUCGCUUCCUGUAUAGCACCAGUGGAGCUUUGGAUCAGAUUGGUCCUGAAGGAACCCAGGUUGCUAUUGCACAGUACAGUGAUGAUGCUAGAACAGAGUUCAAGCUUAACACUUACAGUGACAAGGAAGCUCUUCUGGAAGCCAUUCAGCGUAUUCAGUACAAGGGAGGAAAUACGAAAACAGGUAGAGCUAUUAAACAUGUGAAGGACACCAUCUACACUACGGAAGGUGGGCUUAGAAGAGGCAUUCCAAAGGUUUUAGUUGUUCUUACUGAUGGAAGAUCUCAAGAUGAUGUUAAUAAAAUUAGCAAGGAGCUACAAAUGGAUGGCUAUGUCAUUUUUGCAAUUGGAUUUGCAGAUGCUGAUUAUGGGGAGUUAAUACAUAUUGCCAGCAAACCAAGUGAUCGCCACGUUUUUUUUGUGGAUGAUCUGGAUGCGUUUAAGAAAAUUGAAGAACAGCUUAUUACUUUUGUCUGUGAGGCAGCAUCUGCAACCUGUCCUUCUGUGCUUAUGAAUGGUAACACACUAGCAGGUUUUAGAAUGAUGGAGAUGUUUGGCCUUGUUGAGAACCAAUAUGCCUCUAUUGAUGGAAUAUCAAUGGAGCCUGGAACAUUUAAUAGCUUCCCCUGCUACAGACUACACAAAGAUGCUCUCAUCUCACAGCCCACAAAGUAUCUUCAUCCAGAAGGUCUUCCCUCUGAAUAUACCAUUACAAUACUCUUCCGCCUUCUACCUGAGACCCCACAUGAACCCUUUGCUCUGUGGGAAAUUCUUAAUGAAGACAAAGAACCUCUUGUGGGAAUCAUUCUUGACAAUGGUGGUGAAACACUCACAUUCUUCAAUUAUGAUUACAAAGGCGAGUUUCAGACUGUCACAUUUGAAGGUCCUGCAAUUAAGAAGAUAUUCUAUGGCAGUUUUCAUAAGCUUCACGUUGCCAUUAGCAAGACAAGUGCCAAGGUUGUUAUCGAUUGUAAGCAAGUUGGAGAGAAGACAAUCAAUGCUGCAGGUAAUAUUACCAUUGAUGGCACUGAGGUUCUGGGGAGAAUGGUGAGGUCCAGAGGGAAGAAAGACAACUCUGCUCCAUUCCAGCUUCAGAUGUUUGACAUAGUGUGCAGCUCUUCUUGGGCCAACCGAGACAAAUGCUGUGAAAUCCCAGGACUUAGAAUUGAAGAGAACUGUUCUGCAUUGCCACAUGCCUGCACCUGCUCUCAGGACAGCAAAGGUCCAGCAGGGCCACCUGGACCACCAGGUGGGCCAGGAAUCAGAGGUCCAAGAGGGGAACGUGGAGAAUUAGGUCCACAAGGACCUGAAGGACCUCGGGGAGAAGUUGGGUCACCAGGGCCACAGGGGCCCCCAGGACCUCAGGGACCAAGUGGACAUUCUAUACAAGGACCUCCUGGUUCCCCAGGUGACAAAGGUGACAAAGGUGACCCUGGUGCUCCUGGUUUGCAGGGUGUUCCUGGACAAUCUGGAUCCCCAGGACGUGAUGGUACACAAGGACAAAGGGGACUACCUGGAAAAGAUGGACCUCAGGGACUUCAAGGGGCUCCAGGACCAAUUGGAGCACCGGGUGCACCUGGUUCACCUGGUUCCAGUGGACCCACAGGGGCCCUUGGUGAUCAGGGACCACCUGGUAUUCCUGGCAUAAAAGGAGAAAAAGGUGAACGAGGCGAUGUUCAGUCCCAUUCUGUGGUUCGCUCCAUUGCAAGACAAGUCUGUGAGCAGCUCAUUCAAAGUCACAUGGCCAGAUAUAACUCAAUGUUGAACCAGAUUCCAAGCCAGUCAGUUUCUGUCAGAGCAAUUCCUGGGCCACCAGGAGAGCCUGGUCGUCAAGGGCCUCAAGGACCCCCUGGAGAGCAAGGACUCCCCGGAAGACAAGGAUUUCCAGGCAGUAAUGGUGAACCCGGCAGACCUGGAGAGAGAGGGACACCAGGGGAAAAAGGAGAAAGAGGAAUACCAGGCAUUGGCAUACAAGGACCCAGAGGACCUCCUGGACCACCAGGACCACCAGGAGAAGGUCGCCCUGGUAGUCAGGGACAGCCAGGAGCACCUGGCAAUCAGGGAACACCGGGACGUCCUGGAAGCCCUGGUCCUACAGGAUCAGCUGGUCCCCCUGGAUAUUGUGAUGCUUCAUCUUGUGCUGGCUACAGUGUAGGAGGUGGAUAUGGGGACCCACGUGAUCCAGAAAUCCCUGUAGUACAGUUGCCUCCUGGCUCCUACCAACCCUAUGGCCAUAAUGACCCUUAUGACGAGGAAGAAGAAUCCUUUGAAGGAUAUGGAUCUUAUCUUGAGCAGCCUCAGUACCCUCGGAACUCAUUCCCUUCUUCCUCCUAGUUCCCUGCUUCCUACUCAGUUUUAGAACAGCACCCAGAGGCCAUCGAGGUGAGCUCACCUGGAAUUUACAGUUUUUCCAGAAGCAUCUCCAGUCGCAAGAUGCAGUCAUCUGAUUCAGCUGACUAAAAGGGUAACUUGACAAGGAACCAAGAAUUUGUGCUCAACGAAAACAACUUUUUAUCUUCCACUCAAAGAACAUUGUGGAAUUUUGCCUUGUUUAUAGUACAUUUUCUGUAUUUCUUUUAAAUCUUACUGUAAAUUAUGAAAUCAGAAAAUGUCAAACUGAACACGUUAUAACUAAACUAAACUAAUCAUCUGUGAUGCUGUAUUACAUUUUGUGAACAUUUCUGUGCCAUUUAUGAGGUAAACUUUCAGUGUACUGGUUUACUUUUUUAAAUUGAAGAAUAUGUUUGUGCUUCUUUAUGUCAGCAUUUUGAUUUAUGGUUCUUCAAAACAAAUAUUAUCUAUCUGUAUUUUUAUAAUUAUAUUUUAUGAAUUAAAGAAGUGCUCGGUGCUGAAAUAAUGUUAAUUAUGUCAGUUUAAUGCUAUUUCAAAAUUUUUGACGAGUAAGGUAAACAUAAUCCAGGGAUUUACAAGUUUCCUGUCACUCCUCCAAUGGAACAGAAUGAAUGUGUAGUAUGCUAAUGUUUCUAUUUUAAAGUAAUUCUAAACUAUAAAAAUCAUAUGUCUUUUCUUGUACAAUGCAAUAAACUAAACUUGAAAUUA